AUGUCUACCCAAGGCCUCAUCGCCGCCGCCCAGGGCCGCCGUACCAUCUACCAGCUUGGCAAGACCAGCCCUGUUGACGAUGCCAAGAUCGAGGAGCUCGUUAACACUGCCAUCCUGAACGUCCCCAGCUCGUUCAACACCCAGUCCACCCGUCUCGUUGUCUUGCUGCGUGAAGAGCACGAGGCUUUCUGGCAGUUGGCUCUGGACACCUUCCCUGAGGGCUUCCACGGCAAGCUGAACGGCUUCAAGGCUGCUUUCGGCACUGUCCUCUUCUUCGAGGACCCUGCCCACAUCAAGGGCUUCCAAGACAAGUUCCCCGCUUUCGCCGACUCAUUCCCCAUCUGGGCCGACCACUCUAACGCCAUGCACCAGUACUUCCUCUGGUCUGGCCUCGAGUCCCUCGGCUUCGGCGCAAACCUGCAGCACUACAACAGCACCAACGGCUUCGCUGAGAAGUGGUCUAUCCCCGCUGACUGGCGUCUCAUUGCCCAGCUUGUCUUCGGUAACCCCGAGGGCGCUGCUGGUGAGAAGACCCAGAAGCCUGUCGAGGAGCGUGUCAAGUUCUACGGCAAGCAGUAA